UGGUUGAACCACGUCAUCCAAAUUGAUUGUGUGGUAGAGCAGUGAGUGGUAUCCAAUCCAAUACUCAUCACAGUUUUCUCACGCACUUCUGGCCUCUAAUUAAGACCCCAGAUCUUUCCAGGAUGUCUCAGGAAUCACAGAUUCGUCAGAACUACCACCCAGAGACGGAAGCUGCUGUCAACAAACAGGCUAACAAGGAGCAUGCAGCAUCCUACACCUACACCUCUCUGAACAUCUACUUUGACAGGGACGACGUGGCCUUACCAGGCCUGCAGAAGUUCUUCAAAGGACUGUGUGAUCAGAAGAGAGAAUUUGCUAAGAAGUGGCACCAGCACCAGACUGAGCGGGGAGGGCGCGUGGUCCUGAUGGACGUCCCGAAGCCCCCGCAGGACUCGUGGGGCAGUCCACAGGACGCGCUGGAGACGGCUCUGUCGCUGGAGAAGGAGCUGAACCAGAGCAUGCUGGCCGUGUACGAGCUGGCACACAAACAUGACGACGAACAUACCUCAGACUUCAUCGAGGAUACUUUCCUCCAUACCCAAGUUGACAACAUCAAGACUAUAGGUGAUCACCUAACCAACCUUAAACGCUGUGGUUCGGGCUUGGGGGUGUACAUGUUUGACCGUGGCCUCGGAAAGGAGUAGAGAAACACUGAAAAGUAGGGGUGGGUACUGGUACAGAAAAUUCAACUUAUAAGUGGGCGUACUAAAAACAAGGGUCCAUUUCACUACAAAGGAAUCUGUUUGGUGCAGUAUCCGACUCCCACUGGCAUUUUAAAAUCUUAUAUUCAUGUCAACAACACAAUGUUUGACUGUAGAAACUUGGAAGAAAUGACUAUAAACUCUACUCUACUUCGCUCCUUAUUUCCUUUGUAAGCUUCUCAUGUAAGCCCCAAAACAUGUGGAUGCCUACCAGUAUUACCUGUUCAUUGUCUAAUCGGUCCAAGAUCUGGGCCACUGAUUUUCUUCAGGUCCGUUUUUUUAAUCAGACCAACAAGAAAAAUCGGUUUUGUACCAGUACAACCACCCCUACCUACCAUACAUUCAAAGCCAGGGACAGAAUGCAGUACUUGUCAUGUCUAUUUUUGCUGGGAUGUAUUUAUUCUUGUUACCACAGAGUUAAGUAUUUUGUGAUAAAACUCAUUAAGAGUAGAGAAACACUCAAGAGACAUUCAAAACCAAGGAAGCCAAAUGUCUGGGAUAGAAUGCAGUACUUGUCUAUUUUUGCUGGGAUGUAUUUAUU